UGCUGCGGCGCGAGGCAGGGAGGCGAGGGCGGUGAUCUGCACGGCAUGACGGGAUUGGGCAAUGCUGCCUGAAAGGGGCGGGCUGCGAAAAGACAGAGCGAACGAGACUACUACCUCCACACACACACACGUACACACAUGCUUACAGACUUAAGCUUACUUUAAUCAUUCGGUCACAACAAACACAUGCGCGCAGACACAACCGUGGAGAGAGAGAGAGAGCGCGCGAUCAGAAGGAGGUGGAGGGGGUGUUUGGUUAGUGACGAGGCGAGAAUACCCGACAUGUUGCACACCCGGGUAGGUGCAGAGCGUUCACCCCUGUCUCUACCUUAUCCUGUAAGGGGGUGACGCGCGAGCAGACGUACCCGGGGUGUCCACGCGGACGGAGACGGCUGGCUGGUAGGCACCUCCCGGCUAUACUAUACUGUUCGUCGGUUUUUCCCCACGACCUCUCCUCCUCCCCACCACCACCACCAACCUACCCAACCCCUACACCCUUCACUCCCAGACCACAAAUCUGGCGACAGUGACGACUCGCUUGCACACAGCGUAUGCACGCUCACUGGUGUAGCCGUCGCUCCCCUCCAUCCAUCCCUCCGCCACAACCACCACCACCACACCACUCCACAUCACUCGCCAACCUCUACAACCGCCGUUGAGGCCCAGGCAGAGUGGUCUGCCCGUUUGACACCGCGCGCACGGACCCCCUUUGCCUGCCUUGCUCACUUGCCCGGCAAAACCUAAAGGGGUGGAUCGCACGAGGGUGUGCGUGCGUGUGUGUGUGGCUGCGGGGGGCGCCGAGCAUGUGGCCAGACCUUCGUUAGCGGGUGGGCAAGCGGGUGGUGGAGGAGGCACGCCGGACACGUGGUGUUUCUCUCGGUCUCAUCGUCGUGAUUCUUCACUUUUGCGCCAGCGCCAGGCGUUGUGUUUUGUACAUACAUAUAUAUACACACACUCUCUACCAGCUACGGAGUCGCUUACUCUCGGUGUGGAGGGCAGAACACGGAGCAGCGGUGUUGGAUGUAGGUGAUGUUCAUGUCAGCGCGCGCUCGUGGCUGCUGUGCAGUGUCUUGGUUCUGAAAUGAUGCUGAUAUGGAUGUUAGUAUGUUCAACAGUGGCGGGGACCGUGUUGGGCCAGGAUACCUACUACUUCAGCCUCAAACCUCGUGACCAGGAUGUAGUGGAGGGCGUGGAGACGACGCUGCAGUGCGAUGUGUCCGACCGCCGCCAUAUUUACUUCCAGUGGACGCAGCAGGGCAAACCCGUGGUCAACACCACGCGCCGCUUCCAGGAGGACAGCAACCUGCGGAUACUGCGCGUGCUGCGUGACGAGGAUGCCGGCCCCUUUCAGUGCAUCGCCACCAACGCCACCACUGGAUUUUCCUUGCAGAGCUUCGAAGCCUCCUUGAACAUCGAAUGGAUUGACGAACGAGCGGACGUGGAACUCAAACGGCCCAAGAAGGAAGAGGUGAAGGAAGGUGUCGAUGUCAUCCUCAAGUGUCUCAUCAGGGGCAACCCGGAGCCCAAGAUCCUGUGGUAUCACAACAAGUUCAGGCUGUUCAACACGGAUCGUGUCAAGAUCCUGGACGACGGCAGCCGCCUGAAGCUGGUCAACAUCACCGCCUCCGACAACGGCAUCUACUCCUGCCGAGCCGAGAACAGGGCGGGUGCGGUGGACAGCUCCGAGAACUUCCUCCUCAACGUGCAAGUAGCAGGAACACCAUACCUUUUGGAGGAGCAGUUCACACCGUACAAGAUCGUCCAGAGGAACUCACCUGCCCGCCUGGACUGCGCCUUUGUCGGGGCCUCCCGCAUAGACUGGUUCUCGAACUACGAGAAGCUCUCCAACGGCACCAGGCAUACAGUGUAUCCCAACGGAUCCUUGUUCUUCCCGAAGGUGCGAGCUGCUGACGAGGGCAGCUACAGAUGCGAGGGACUCAGUCGAACCAGCCCUCCGGGUCAGACGUUCACCUCCGAGCUCGUCCUGGCCAGUCUUGGAGAGAUCAUGAGGGACACGUUCGAGCCUCGUCUGCAGGCCAACUACCCGAUUGUCAUUCCUGUGCACACCAGGUCGGAGAUCAGGGUGUUUCCUCCCGACGGUCGCCCCAAGCCCAACUUCUGGUGGCAGGAUCGCAAUGACCUGCGCGUGCCGGACGCGGGACGCAUGCACGUGAAGGACAACCUUCUGGUGUUCGAGAGUCCUCAGGAGAUCGACUCCGGCAACUACACCUUCGUGGUCAACAACACGGCCGGCCAGAAGACCCGCAGCGUGUGGAUCAUGGUGUCUGUGCCACCCAUCAUCAGCAGGGCCCCACAGCCAGAGACAGUGGAAGAAGACAGCAGCGUUGAGCUGAGUUGUCAGGUGGUGGGCACACAGUACCCGGUUACCCGCAUCACCUGGAGCAAGGACGGGGUAGCCCUACCCUUAUUUUCUACACAUUACCGCAUGGAUGAAAUGACUGGAAUUUUGCGAAUAGUUGGUGUGACCAUGGCAGACAUGGGCAACUAUGCCUGCUUGGCUAACACAUCAGGCCAUCCAGUGGUAUCAUCAAGCCAUGCAUAUCUCACAGUGACAAAGCGCUUAAAGUUCCACCCAGUGCCUAAGAACUCUCAACUCGAGGUGAACCAGAUUGGACAGGUAGUUUGUCAUGCAGAGGCUGAGACACCUCCCCAGGUGCGCUGGGUGAAACGUGGGACUGAAGUCUUCAACAUGCCUCCGCAUGUCAUACAACGCAGUGGGACACUGGUCUUCUCUCCAGCACUUCAUGAAGAUGCUGGCUACUACACCUGUGUAGCCACUCAUCCCCGACAAGGCCUUAUUAACGCUACCAUUCUCAUUGAAAUUGUUGAAAAACCUGUCAUCACAAUAGAACCCAAGAAUGUGACUGUGUUUGAGGGGGAGCCUUCUCUACUGCAUUGUGUAGCCAAGGGCAUGCCACUGCCAAGCAUCUCCUGGUACAGGGAUGGACAGCUGAUCCUUCCAGAUCCUCGUCGCUACACAAUUUUUCAAAAUGGGACAAUACACAUACAUCAUGUGUUUAUUGAAGAUUAUGGAAAGUAUGCAUGCGUGGCCAACAAUUCUGCUGGAACUGAAAGAAAAGAGUUUUACAUCCGAGUUGCCAAUCCUAUGGAGGAGGAUGAAAAUUUCAACAUGGUGAAGACGAUCAUCAUUGCAGUGUGCAGUGCUGGAGCUUACCUGGCACUUGUCAUUGGCUUGACAGCUUUCUGCAGCUAUCGUCUGCUGAUUCAGCGCCGGGGACACAAAGGCUUACCUUUAAAGACUGAGAAUGGGGACCUUCAUCGUGAACAGCAUGAGCUUCUGAUGAAGGAUCGUGACUCAGGUACUCAGUUCCGCAGUGACAGCGACAAUCGCUCCCAUGCAUCAGCCUUGUCCUCACAUCCUUCACACUCCUCCCAGUCACAGCACUCCCGCAGCAGACGACCCAGUUUUGACCGCUUCCACUAUCCUCGACAUGAGCUCCACACCCUGGGCAUCAUGGGUAAGGGAUGCUUUGGCGAUGUCUUUCUGGCUAAAGCACGCUCUCUGCGGCUAGGAGACCAGGAGACACUUGUGGUGGUCAAAUCUCUGUUGACCAAAGGAGAAAAUGAAGUGCGAGAGUUUUGUGCUGAAAUGGAGAUGUUUGCACGCAUGGACCACCCCAAUGUGGUCAAGCUCAUCGGCGUGUGCAGGGAACAGGAGCCACACUUUCUGAUCACAGAAUACUGUGACUGGGGGGACCUCAAGCAGUUCCUGCUAGCCACUCGCAGUGACAAUGGGCGAAGAGGAACCCGGGUUCCCCCACUGACCACUUGUCAGAAGCUGAGCAUGGGUCAGCAGGUGGCUGCAGGCAUGGAGGCGCUGACUGCAGCAGGACUUGUCCAUAGUGACCUGGCUGCUCGAAACAUCCUUUUGUCCUCACGUAUGCAGCUGAAGGUUGCUCGGCCUGCCCUGAGUGCUGAUGUGUAUGCCAGUGAAUAUUAUCCCCUCCAUCACCGCUUGGUACCUCUGCGCUGGCUGUCCCCGGAAGCAGCGACAGAGGAUCAAGUGACCAGUGCCGGAGAUGUCUGGGCAUUUGGAGUGUUCUUGUGGGAGGUCAUGGAACUGGCUGACCUGCCAUACCGGCUGUCGAGUGACGAAGAAGUCCUCUGCGCGCUUCGUUUGGGGCAUGCAAACUUAGAGUCCAGUGAACAUUUUCCUCCAAAUGUUUUGGAACUGGUGCGACGCUGUACCCUCCAUCAAGCCUCUCAACGACCUACCUUUUCUGAAGUGUGUUCCGUGUUGUCACAACUCAUGACAAGUACUGACGUGGUGUGAAGGGAGAAUACCUCUAAAACCAUUUUCAUAAGAUUAACUGAAGUACCUUUUGAUUUUAAGUGAUACAAGAGGCAUUUAUAACAGUUUAUUUGUGUCCUCUUCUUAAUUUUAGGGACUUUAUUUUAAUCCACAUAAGAAUGACAGCAAUUCAAGUCUGUUGAAGAACUGUGCUGCUACCUGCUUAGGUUUCUGGGGGUUAAAAACAGAUGAGACAUUAUUUGAUGAAUUUGUUAAAGUUCAUGCAAGUGACGGUGAUUGGACAACGCCUAAGUGUUUUCAUGGGGGUGAGAUGAGGCAGAAAUCAGUACUUUCAGGAAGCUGAUGAAUGCUUACUUCACAUCUUAAAUCUGAACAUUCUAUUGCUCCUCACUUUGGAGACACAUCUGUAUGACUGUGCUAAGGAGAUUAUUACCAUCUCUGUGAUUUGACCAAUCAAGUUGUUGGAAAUCUCUGAUAGUCUUACACACUGAAGUACUUGUAGAGUGUCAAAAAAGAUAAAGUGGCUGCACAACAGUAAAUUUGUCACAAUAUCAAGAAAAGUGUAUUUAACUGACUUUGCAGUGUGUGAUAGUUUGGGUAGUGUUGAAUUAAAAGAAAAACAUUCUGGUAAAAAAACUUGACCUAAUAACCUGAACAUUAAGAGUUGGUACAGAGUUAUGUCAGGAACACAAGACACUGCACAGAAUACAAUAAGAUGUGCACCAGCUUUCUGUCUAGUAUACCUUUAGAGACUUAAGUGUGUGAUCAAAAUUACACAGAUGACUGAUUUGUUUAGUCGCCUUUGUGGCUCUGUUGUAGGCAUAGAAUUCAAAAAUGGCUUUAGGUGAAAAAUAUGUAAAAGAAGAAAAAAAAUAAAGCAAGCAUAUGUAGAUUGUUACAGAGAACAAUUAAGUUUCUUGUUAAGUUUUUUUAAAUUAAAAAACUUCCAUGAUGUAAGUACUCAUACUGGAUCAGUCCAAAGCUGAUAUAAGAUUAGUUCAUCGUCUGGAAACAGUAGAAAACAGUUAAGAUCUCCUCCCCAUCAGUAGCAAUCCCUGCCAUCAGCCUUAUUAGCUUUCCUGACAGGUCUGUGUUCCGAUGUUGCAUCAGCAAAGGGACACUGCAUUAAACAACCUAAAUUGUUGACUUGCUUUUCUUCCUGCCACAAACCAAGCAUCAAAAUGAAAAGCUGAGCAGAAACAGCUGUCAGUAAAUGCUAAUGUCAGCACCUGUGGUAUCCAUGGCACCAAAUCCAUAGUAACAGCUGUAUCCAGCCUGACAUUGUUGAAGGUUGUUAGAAGAAUGAAUCAUUAAACUGUAGAGUUUGUCUGCAGCUUGUACACAAGGUCAGAUUUUACUGGUAUGUAUGGGAGGGAAAUGAUAAAAAAAAAGUUUUUUUUUCCUGUCAGCUCUUUGUGGGGAUAUUUUUAUUAAAAACUUUUAUAUUUAACACCUGCAAUACAGUGUUGGGUCCAUAUAACUGUGUGUGUGCAUCCUUGAAGAAAUCCAUGUCAACAUUGAUGUGAAUUAUUAUUAAACACACCACCACUGUGUAUUCUAAAAUGUGUACAACUGAUUUGCAGGUGACUGCUGUCAUCCAUAGUGCACUUUGAGAGAAGCCCAUUGUUGGUGACAUGCUUUCUUGAAGACAUGUAGACUAUUAUUAUUGCACCAAAUUUCAUGACAACUUACAGUUUAAAAAAUGCCACUGUUUCUGCCUUAAGAGUGUGCAUGGAUGGAAUGGAUAAACUUAUUUAUGUUUUCAGUAUAGGUGUUGCUACAUGAAGACAUUUCUCUGUGUUUUAUGUGUAUUUUUGACAUUAAUUUUUGCAGUUCAUCAUAUUUAUGUACAUUCGUUCAUGUGUGUGAGAAAGAAAAAGAGAGAGAGAGAUGGUUAUGAGGAGGGAAAGCAUGAAAACUGGUAUUAUUCUGUGCAUUUUUGACGUAGGAGAAUAAAUUGUGCAUUCAUCAUUGUACCUUAACUAUGUGAUACACGUCAUUGUAAAUUACAAUAAUUUACAUCAUGGAGCAGUGCAUAAGGCCUCAUUGCUCAGAAACUUUUUCAUUUAUUCAGGGUCUUGUAGCAAUAAUCAAGAUUUCCUCACAGAAAUGUUUUUAAAGCUUACAUAACAUCGACACUGGCUGUUGCAAACUCAAGUUCAGGGAGCUGAUGCUGAUAUAAUUAGCAUUUAGUUAGCAAGCCUCAUGGUAGCAUAUUCAUUGAUUUACAUGGUAGCUAGGGCUCCCAAUGAAGUGAAAAUGACAAAAUCAGCUUGACAGGCGUUCCGGUAAAGUUUAUUGUUUGCAGAGGAGCACUUUUAGUGUGGCUAAUAGUGAUCUCUUUAUAAGAACAUUCUGCUAGGAAGAGGAGAAAAGUGAAUGCAGAAAUGUCAAUGCAUAUAUGAAAAUUGUUCUCUAGUUCUAAAAUGUUUUGUUAGUGUACCUAGAAAAUCCUGUGCAAAUAUUUGAGUGACAUUAAAAAAGAAAAAGAGAGAUAUUACAACUUGGUAAAGUUGUGAGAUUUGUUUCCUUUUUUUCCAAAACCUUCACAAUUAAUCUACCAUUUCUUGAAAACUAUUUAUGUCGGACAAUCCACAGUUUCUUUUACUGAACCUUUUCCCCAUUGAUUAAAUUUUUGUUCCUUUUGCUCUAAAUUAAUCCCUUUAAUCAAUAUUUUUCAUUCUUUGGGAUUGAGAAUUUUUUUCAGCACUGGAAAAUGUAGGCAUGGAUUGCUUGUCAUCAUCUCAUAAUCUUUGCUAAUACUAUGGCUAUCAUAAAAAAAAAAAUCAAACAUUAAUUCUCACUUGACGUGUCAUGCAUUUUGAGUUUAGCAUGGAAAAAAAUGCCAUAGUAAUUAAUUCUGCUCACCACUGGGGUGGGUUAGUUUAAAGUCUGAACAUUUUUAUAUAGUAAAAUAAUACAAAAAUACAGCAUAUUUAAUUUAUUUAUUAUUUGAUAAUAAUUGUUAUACUUUCAGUCUGGGUGUGUUGGCACUGUUUAUGACCUGUUAAUAAGUGUGACACCAGUCACAAUCAUUACUUUCAUCAUGAUCUAUAUUAUCCCCAUCAGUUCUUUGAUCAUUUUGGGACUUAUCAGAACCAGGAAAAAUAAAUAUAAGGAUACAAUUACAUUUGUAUAUUUCAGCUUAUAAUUCAUGCCAUUUGUCAUUAUGUAUGCCUCUUGAAUGUCCUGAAAUUCUUACAUAAUCCUUGUAUUCCAGUCACAUCAUUUUUUUCUUCAAAUUUCAUUUAUAAUACAGUUUUAUAUGCUCUUGUAAAAGACAAUCAUCAAAAUAACUUGCUGAUUGUGCACCAAGAAACUAUAUGGACUGUAAGUGCAGUUACACAAAUAUACUGCUUGAAAUACCAAAUAUAUAUGAAGAAGAAUGUUGAUUUUUUUGUGACAAAUUCCCCACAAUGGAACUAAAUGUGGAUUUUAACUUAGUUGCAACAACUUAAAUCAUCCUAAUCUUAUCAGUGGACUUCCAGCAUACGAAAAAAAUAAUUACGUGCUGUUCUUUUGUAGGAUGUCUUCUUGAUGUGUAGGCAAUUUUAGACUUACUGUCACUGCCAAAAGAUUGACAAUCGCAUUUUCUCAAAUUUUGGUUCCCCAAAUACCACCACAGUAUCGCAUCCCAGAAAUGGAGUAUAAGUAAAAGCCACGAGUAUGCCAGCAUGAUAUGUCAAGCAUGUUUGUGCACACUCACCUGUGUUCAGUAUUCCAUUUCAAACAUAUUCUCUGUAAAUAACUGUCAUAAUUUUGAUCUUUGCAUAUGCCUAUGGUUGACCCCUUUUAGCUUUGAUGCCAUCUGGAUGUAGAUAUUUGAUCUUUUGUAAUGUAUCAUUUGGUUUACCCAUUUCUUCUGAUGCACAAUAGAAGCAUUUGAAUGUGCACACAUGAUGAUCGAUAAACAUGAGAAACAUUUUUUAUAUCUUACUAUCACACAGGAAUACUUAUGCAUAAGUGCAUGCAUUCAGGCAUGACUACAUGCGCAUUUUGAAACAUGCUUAAAAAUAUACACUAUUAUAAAAUUCAUGAAGUCAGGUAAAGUGAAGAUGCUCACAGGCACAGAAAUACAUAUACGCAAUUGCACUCGCACAAUCACAUGUGUGUACACAUAUCUGUGUGCAUGCACCUGCAGCUCCACAUGGAAAGACUUACCUCCCCUCUCUCUGUCAUAUAGUAAACAUUCACUAAUGGACGAUUCUGUUAGAAGCGAAGCAAAACGAGAAAUGUUUUUUUCCUGCAUGUAUGCUGUGUCACUUAUUUGUUCGUACUUGAUAUUAAAGUAUUGGGGUUCGUGAUUGAACUCCAUUGAAACAUUGAA